AUGCUGGUGCAGGUGGUGACAGCCGUGGUUUUGGCCGUGUGCGCCAUUUCCACGACGCUCACCUCGGCCGCUGCGCCAUGCACACCCGCACCGUGCGUGACCUAUGACGCGAGCGGCACGCUCAUUGGUGGUGAAUCGACGCUCACCAUCGAGUGGAACGUCGAAGCAGGCCUUCCAAACAUCUUCAUUAUCCUGGGCAGCUUGGACCAAGACGGCGCCACUUUGCAGCUGUUCCUCUCGGGCGAGGUUGUUCUCAACCAUACCCUCGCCAGCCCAGCCACCACUGGCUCUUACAACUGGGAUAUCCCGUACAUCGCAGAGGACAACUUGCAAAUCCUGCUGCAGAUUGCACCAGACAACACCAGGGCCAGCUCCUUUGUCAGCGGCGACACCUUCUCCACUGAAUUUCCACCAUUCGCCGUUACAAGUCCGCGUGCGUACUCGUUCUUGAUCCCUGGCGAAGAUGUAACUAUCAAAUGGCAGAACUUUGAUGGGAAUGAUGUGAAGAUUCAAUUGGUGUUUCGCACGUCCGAGGGCGAUCUUGCGUACCCCUACUCAUUAUUUGGGGAUGAAAGCACGCCAAAUUCUGGAUCUGCUACAUACACGGUCCCUUCAAUCGCCAACGACUAUCCUCAACCACUUCUGUACACGCACAACAUCUAUGUGAAAGAAGUCGACGGCGGAACGGACGACUUCUUCCUCGGACCCCUCUUCGUUCCAGCCGUCGGAUAUAGUUUUGCAGGAUCGGUCGGCACCACUGGUCGUGCAGUUCAAGGAACCAACAUUACCGUGGCCUAUACCAUCGUCAACUUUGCCGAUGAGGAGGUUGCCGUCACUAUCAGCAAUGCAACGUCGGGCACUAUUCGACUGGGUGCACUGCCAAACAAUUUCGCAUUUAAUGACUCUUCACACGUCGCAACACCUUUCUCGGCAUCAGCGACAAUCAUUAUUGAGCCUGGGGAGCCGCUUGGAACUGUGACGGUUCGGCUGUAUGUGGAGCGGAUGCCAGCCAUCUCGGCGUCGCGCCAGAUCACGGUGUUGCCGCCCUGUGAGCCGGGCACCUUCUACAACGACACAGACGUGACGUGCAACGCGUGCCCUCCCGACACGUUCACAGACACCAUCAACCAGGACGCAUGCCAGCCACACUCGACGUGCCCUGAUGGCUGGGUUGUGGCCGCAGCCGGCACCAGCACCGCAGACACCCUGUGCGUCGACCCUGCCAUCACCCUGCCCAUCAGAAUGGCAGCUGCAGCACCACCCGGUCUCCUCUUUGCAGCCUCACCCUCAGACACGACCUCCGUCAGCGACAACACGACAGUCACGUCGCGCUCGCUGCUCACAGUCGCUGCGCGUGAUUCUCCCGUGUCCAUCCACUCAGCGCUCGGCAACAAGCAGGCAACAGCCUCCAUCACAGGCACCGCCAUCACAGCAACUGCACCAACAGCCACGCGCGUACGUGCUGUGCUGCUGGGCGAGCCCGGCCUUUCCCACAGCCGCCAGCCAUCGCAGCCCGCAGUCGUGCUGCCCGACGAGACGGCGGUGAAGGUGCUGCUGUUUGCACUCGAUGGCCGCGGCCUCGCCAUGCAAGAUGCAGAGUGCCACGUGCGCAUUCAGGACAACGCACAGCAGCUAACGGCCGUCACAGCCGUGUGCACCACGUCCUCAUCGUCACCCACGCCGUCGUGCACAGCAACGCUGGCGCUGCCUUCCUCCUACUUCACGGCCGUGCACCAGCUCACGCUGACCGCCGGUCCAAACGCAACAGCAGCAGCAGAAGAAACAGCAGACGUAGCAGCCACGUUGCAGACAGCACAGCGCGUGGCGCGACCCGAACCCCUCACUGGUGAUGUGUUGGCCGUGUUCCCACAGCGACCACUGCCACGAUCCAAGACCUUCACGCUCACCGUCUCUGCACAUGGCGGUGCACGACCACUCAGCUCGUGGCAGCUGCGUGUCACAUCUCCAGACGCCAACACUCUGCAGGUCCAGUCCGUCACGGGCGGCAGUGGAUGGACGGUGACUGCAUCGUCGCUGCCCUCGCGUGAUGUUGCUGUGCUUGGCGUUCGCGCCAUCGAGCAGGGUGGUGGCGGUGGUGCUGGUGCUGAGGAGAGUGUGCUGUUCACGGCAGAUGUGCUGGUCGGUGCAAUGGCUGCGCGCGACGUCGUGUUGAACGUCAGUGUUGUGGAGGCGUUUGAUUCGAGCGGACAGCCAGUCCUCUCGGGCACGGCGCCGCUGGUUGUCGCCAGCAGCAACCCCAACCCAACUGCACACCGCACCUCCACUGUCUCGCUGACGACCUAUAAUGAAGCCGACGUCGUUGCACUCCACGCGUUCCCAUCGAUGCGCACGGCUGGUGCACCGCCCACAACCGCCCCGCUCUCCAACGUCCUGCUCAACACGGCCGCCCUCAACCCAGACAACGCAGCACUGCAGCACCCGUUGACUGUCAGCGCGUACAGCGCCAGCGGCAGUGGCACCACACUAUCACCGUCGACGUCGCUCGUGUGCUCCUCAAGUGCACCAGAGGCGCUGCAAGUUGAUGCCAGCUGCGGGUAUGUGCACUUCACUGGUGCUGAGACAGCCGGCAGCGACAGUGCACAGGUGGUGGUCCAGCACGCCACGCUGCCUCUCAACACGACGCUCAGAUACAAGGUGUGGCACCCAGCCGCAUUUCGCAUUGCUAUCGACGUACAGGGCAGCAGCAGCGGCAGUGACGUGGUGCUGCGGCGUAUUGGUGGCACGGCGUUGUACCAGCAUGUCGGAUACACGAUUGAGGCAGACUGGUCAUCCGCAACGGCAAUGACAAGUGGCGGCGCUGAUGAUUGGUUGAACAGCACGGAUGUGACCGAAGAGGUGUGGCCGUUGCUGCAGGGGCAACACGUGGGCGGUGGCAGUGGUGAUGGGAAUGUGAUUGUCACACCUUUGUCAAUCACAACCAACACAUCUGGCACGUUCAGGCUGUGCAUUUCGCAUCCGCUGCGCACACCGUCGUGUCUCGGUGCGCGAGACAUUGAAGCGACAGACAGCGAACCAGCAACACCCGUGGCCAUUUCCGCCACCGUCGUUGCAUCUGUCACUGCUGCGACCACCACAUCAAGUGCCGAUACCUACACCCGCGUGUCAUCAUCCUUCACGUCUGUGCUGACAGCAGACCAGCAGAGCGCAUCCGUCGUCGUCCACGCCAUCUUCAGCGACGGCAGCACCCGAGUCCUCGACCCCGCACUGCACAACACCACCGUCACCACCGGCAGCCCAGCGCUCAUUGCUACCAACAUUAACGCUGCGAGCAGCAACAGCCACCCCUUCGUGACGACGCUUGGCGGUGGAUCUGUUGCCGUGGGCCUCACAUGGUACGUGUCUGACACCACGACUGUGCACGGUACCGUGGACGUGGUGAGCGCCCUUCCCGCUGUGACCGGUGUGCGCGUUGCAGGGCUUCCAGCAGCAAUGGCGCCGUCCACAGACGUGAGUUCGCAGCUGCCGGCGAACCUGGCAUCAUCAACCCUGGUUUCGGUCUUCCUGCAGUAUGACGAUGGCACGGAGAUUGACUUUACAACAGACGCGCGCACGAACAUCGCGACAGAGGGAAACAUCACUGCAACGGUCGAUGGCACGCGCUUGCGUGUGGCUGUUGCGGAUGGCAGCACGGAAGGGCAGGCGCGGCUGCUGGUGUCGUUUGAGCACACGGGCGUGACGGCGUCAUUGGCUGUCGAGGUUGUGGUCGCCACUGGACUGCGGGUUGCGCUCCGGCCCUUCCCGGCCUUUCCUGGAUCCGAGGACGAAGAAGUGGCGGAGGUGCGGCGAUUGGGCGCGUCCAACACGUGGCAGCAGGCGAUGGUCGAUGUCAGUGCAGUGUUGUCGUCCGGAGAAGUUGUGUCGGGGAACGACCACGCAGAGCUGAUGGUUUCCACGCCCGCAUUCUUCAACUACAACAGCAACACGCGCCUCGUCUCACCAACGCCGCAGCUGCCCGGUGACGAAGGGAUGGCCGUGGUAGUGGCGACGCUGCGUGACCUCUUCAACACCACCGCCGUCACCGUCUCCUCGCUCGCCUGGGGUGUGGCCAGCAUCACACCUGUCCUGCCGGCAACAACGCUCGCUGGAACCGUCAACACCAAGCAGCAGAUGCGGGCGAGCGUGGUGAUGGAGAACGGGCUCACGCUCACGACCACUUACCUCUUCCCAAACGGCGGCGCGCUCGCCCUGCCCAACCUCAUCACGUUCGAUAUCACCACGCCCACGGCGACAGAUGCCGUUGUCAUCGACAGCGCAACGGGAACAGCGACGCUGACAGGCAACUCGCGCACACAAGAGACGCUGGCGGUGUAUGCGGGAGACAAUGCUGACGUGAACGCCACGGCACUCUUCUAUGUGAAUUUGGUGCCCACAAACUACGAUGUGGACUUAGGCGCCACGCAGCAGCUGCCGCUCGCACCCGUGACAGGCGGCGACACCGUUGCGAUCUCUGUGCGCGUGCGACUGCCGAGCACCCUGGCGUUUGCCUCCAUCUCCCUGCAGGUCACCUUUGAUGACGCUGUGCUUGAGUUUGUGGAUGUGGCAGAAGGGAGCGACUGGCCUGGCGGCGAGUUUGCAGGCGGAUUGGACGGCAGCGGUCGCAUCUCGUUUGGUGGAUCAACGGCUGGUGUUGGGCCAGGCACCCUGACCCUGUUUGAGGUGACGCUGCGGGUCAAGGGUGGUGCAGGUGCUGGAUUCUCGUCCGUCAGCGGCACAGCGGUGACGAUUGCCGAUGGGGACGGCACGCUGUUGGCGAGCGAUGUCCCAUUUGUUGCAGGCGACGUCACCCUCGAGAUCACCGCACCUGCGCGUCGUCGUCGUAGUCAUCAAAGCGCCAGCGCCACCAGCACUACUGUCGCGCGUGCAUUCGGGUUCAGCAGCACCACAGCCAGCCGUGCACGUCGCGCGGAGUGUGGCUCGCCGCCUUGCGCUGUGUGCAUGGACCAGCGGCAGAUUGGUGACGCGGAUGGCAACUGCUUGUUUGACGUGCGUGACGUGACUUUUCUGAAACGGUUCCUGAAUGAGCGGCUGCUUGAUCCAGAUGGCGCGUUUGUGUCCGCGGUUCAGGCGUUUCAAAUGCCGGACAUGGACGCCGACGGCAACACGAUCAUCAACACCGUCGACGUCAACUUCCUCCUGCGCGCCAACUUUGGUCUGUUUGCACUCGUGCGGAGCGUGAACAUGACAGCGCCAGACACGGACCCGUCCCUCGCCGUCAGUGUCGAGCAGACAGAGUGUUCUGUCGCCGUGUACGUGCAGACGAUCAGCGGUGGCGACGGCAGGGAGCAGGUGCCCUCCGACCCACAGCGCACGGCCGUGUUUGUGUACCUGGACAGCCCCAACGUUACGCUGCACAACAACGCGCAGCUGGUGGUGACGGAUGGCGAGGUGGUGGUCGCUGAUGUGGCCACAAACCAGCGUGGCGUGUUCAUCAAGGCGGCCCACGACCCAGCACGCGAUGCGUUCUUCGUUGCUGCGUCGUCUGAGCUGCCGUCCGACCUCGUGCUCACGGGUGUGCCGCUGCUCAUCAGCAUUGAUGCCGCUGGCGAAACCAACGCCGACCGCGCAACCGCCGCCCUCACGUACAGCGAUGCGCCCGUGAGCAUUGCCGGCGAGCAGCGGGUGGCGUUCACGUUCCUCGGCCAAGGGUUUGAGCUCGUGCUGAACGACUACGGGCCGAGGGUGUGGGUGUCGACGACAACGGUGAGCCGCAACUGCCGCGAGCAGCUGAUGUGCGAUGACGAGGCGGGCGAGUACGUGGCUGUAAACGCGACGACAACGGACAACCCGGUGUGCCGCGCGCUCACAACGUGCGUCCUUGGCGACUCUUACGAGACGCGCGCCCCAACGCAGUUCUCUGAUCGGGUGUGCGCCAACACGACGGUGUGCACACCGGGGCAGGAGUACAUCUCUGUGCUGCCGACGCUCGUGUCGGACCGGCGGUGCAGCAACAUCUCGGCCCCGUGCACGAGCACGCAGUUUGAGGCCAUGGCGCCAACGAACACGAGCGAUCGCGUGUGCACCAACACAACGGUGUGUGACCUGAGCACGCAGUACAUUGUGACAGACGCCACGCUCAGCAGCAACCGCGUGUGUGCCAACAUCAGCGACGCGUGCGUGUUCCCGCUGCAGUUUGAAAUCCAGGCGCCGACCAACACCAGUGACCGUGCGUGCGUGACAACGCUCGUGUGCACGGCGAGCCAAUACGAGACCGUUGCGCCUACACCAACCAGCAAUCGCGAAUGCACUGACUUGCACACGUGCAACCUUGACGAGUAUGCGAUUGUCCCCCCGACACCAACCACCAACCGCGUGUGUGAGCUGGCGACGGUGUGUGAUGACACGGAGUUUGAGUCUGUUGAGCUGACGCCAACCAGUGAUCGCCAGUGCAUGCUGAACCCCUGUAACGUCUCCACCAUCUGUCUUCCCGAAGGAUCGUGCAUCCCAACGGCCACAGGACCGUACUGUGACUGUCCACCGGGCAUCGACUGCGGCCCAACCCAGCCGCCCACGACGGAUGCCUGUGCUGCUACCGUGUGUAGCGAUGAGGGGAUGUGUGUGUCCACCUCCUCGGGCGCAUUCUGUGUAUGCCCGGACAGCGCGCCAAACUGCGGACCAACGACGGCUGCGCCGGACCUGAACCAGAGCUCGGAUUCGUCCGUUGACGCGUCGCUGGUAGCCAUCGCCACAUCCUGCAGCUUUGUUGGCCUGCUGCUCGUGCUCGGGUUGGUGUAUGCCAGCCGGUUCAUCACGUGUGACCGCCGCAAAUCGAAGCAGCCCGCCUCCGUGGGUGGUGUGCAGGUCUUUGAGCAGGAAGGGUUUGAGAUGAACCUUGAUGACAGCAUCAGCGACGGCGAUGGCGACAACAGCCGCGCGCGCCUGGACAGGCAGGUCUCUGUCCGCACACGCGAGAGCGUGGAGACGUUCAAGCCGCUGACACUCGGACGCAUGGACAGCUUUGAGGAAACGCCAUUUGAGGCGCAGGCGACGUUCGAAGGGGGUCCCGAGGAUGGCGGGUACAGCGCACUGCCACACCAGCGGCUGACAGCCAACCCAGCAUACGAGGAAACCGGCGAGCAAGCCAAGUCAAAUUUCUACGAGGACGUGGGUCCUGCCGAGGGCAGCGGCAGCGGCGGCGGCGGUGGAUAUCAGGAGGUGCCACGCCAGCGGCUGACGGCCAACCCGGCAUAUGAGACAGUGAAGCAGCGGCCUGUCAGCAUGGAGAACCAGUACAGCGACGUUGGGGCCGGCCAUUACGACGUGCCGCACGUGAAACCGGCAAAGGAGACGGCGGAGGGGUACGAUCUUCCGCGCAAGACGCCGCGGUGGAGCGAGAACCAAUAUGAGGACAUCAGCGCUGCGCCGAGCAGGCAGACGAAGGAAGGCGACUACGACAGGCCGCACCAGCCGAGCGAGGGCCAAUAUGCGUCCGUGUCGGGCGGUGCUGCGCGCAAUGACGGGGACUAUGACCGCAAGCCGUACAUGCCCAAUGCUGUUCUCUACGAUGAACUGCCGGGGAAAUCACGCCGCAACUCCGUCGUGGCAGACGUCCCCGAAGGUUCUGCUCCAAAGCGGCGCCGCAGCACGCGUGUGCUGAAACUGUCGGAGGAUGUGCUGCGCGAUCCGGAGCGCGACGUCUUCUUCGUCAAGGCGACGGCCAAGAACAAACAGUCCUACGGCGGCUCCAAGCGCGUGUACAAGGCAAUGCGCUUCCAAGGUGCUGCCAAUGAGGCGUUUGUAAUGCCUGAGGAUGAAGACGUGGAUGGCGACGACGCAGAUCAGCAGCAGCGCCCGGCGUACUUUGAUCCCAAAGCAACACGUGAUGAGAAGCCAGCGUACUUUGAUCCCAAAGCCACACGUGACGAGAAGCUAGCGUACUUUGACCCCAAAGCCACACGUGAUGAGAAGCCAGCGUACUUUGAUCCGGUAUCAGCACCACCUAAUCCAGACUACGCUUCGCCAAGCGCCGUCACACCCGGUUAUGAAUACGGCAGCCUGAUCCAAGGGCCGCCUGGUGCCGAGUAUGCGAGCGUGCCGGCGCACGAUGAGGGCGAGUACAUGGAGCUCUCGCGUGAGGAUUUGCUCGCAAACCCAAUGUACGCCUCCUUUGCGGACUUGGAGGAGACCACGCACGCAGAUGACGCCAACGCAGAGAGCUACCUCACCAUUGUUCCCAGCAAGGACGAGUGAAUGCCUGCAAGCACGUGCUUCGUGUGUGAGAGAUGAGAGAGACAGACAGACAGAAGGAGAGUGCGCCUGAGAAUGACACGUGUGUGUGUGUGUGACAGAGAGAAAGAAUGUACGUGCGUGUGUGUGUGUGCGCACGCAAAGUGCGUGUUGAUUAUGGUAUGGUAUGCGGAGCGAGACCAUUGGGAGUGUGUGUGUGUGUGUUGUUUGGGUUUGUGUUGUUUGGGUUUGUGGCGUGCUCUGCUGGUGAUGAUACACCACGCCAUGUUUCAUUUUCCUCCUGCCCACGUCUGAAUAGAAUAACUGCGU